AUGGCGGCCCUGCGAAUCAGGUGCUACUGCGUCGUGUCCUGGGUCGUCGGCGCCUUCGUGCUGCCCACGCUCGACAUCCACAUCAUGCCCGGCACGCGGUUCACCCAGGUGCCCGUGCUGCCCGAGCUCAGCUGCGCCGCCGCCGCCCCCGGCUGGGGGGAGCUGCUGGCGCAGCUGCGCUCGGACGCUCGGCCGCGGGAGCUGCGCGGCGCGCUCUGCGCGGGCGGCCGCGGCGGGGGCCCCGCGGAGCCGCGGGGCGCGGGCACGGGCUGCGCCCUGGGCGCCGUGGCCGCGCUGCUGGCGCGAGCGCGGCACGGCCUCGGCUCCGCGGAGGCGGGGCGCCGCGGGGCCGCCGAGGCGGAGCUCCUGGAGGCGGCGGAGAUCCUGGGCGAGGACCAGGGGGACAAGAAGGACGACUCCGCGGCGGAGCUCCUCGGCGCGUCCCCGUGGCCGGGCUCUGCCCUGGACGCGCUCAUCAACCUGAACCAGACGGCGUUCGUGAGCUACGAUGAGCACGCGCGGGAGCGCCCCGUCCCGCCGCCGGGCGUGCCCGCGCGCUCGCUGCACUGGCGGCCGGCAGGCCCGCCCUCGCCCGGCUGGCGAGGCUGGCAGGGGCGGCGCGGAGUGGUCGCCGCGGUGGUGGGCUCGCACGGGGCAAUGGCGCUGGAGCCAGUGGAUAUGAUGCGGCGUUACCUCCACAGCGUGGAGCUGCAGGUCAGUUUUCAUGGCCUGGGGGCGCACUGGUGCCAGUCGCUCGGCGUCUGCGGCCCCGGCCCGGACGCGCUGGGCCAGCUGCUGCGCGAGGUCGCGAGCGCUCCUCCCGGCUCCGUGGGCUGGGACGCUGCGCGUGAGCGGGUCCAGGCCGCCCACGCCGGCGACGCCAGCCUGCAGCAGAUGGAGUUCCUCGUUUGCACGGGGCCGCUCGCGGUCUGCCUCCUGCUGUGGCAGGUGGCCCGGUCGCGCGGCAGGCGCGUGCCGCUGCUCGGAUACCUGAGUGGCGCGCUGCUGCGCGGCUGUCCGCCCGAUGGGCUCGGCCACUUCCGGGACGCGCUCGGGGAAGCCUUCGGCUCCGGCGGAGAGGCCGCAGUGCUCGCGGCGAGCAGCCUGCUGCUGUCGGAGCAGGUGCUGCAUCAGACGGGGCUGCAGGCUCCCUACGUGCGCCCGCACGGCCUCUACGCGGCCAUGGCGCACGUGCCCCUCCGGGCGUCGGAGGUGCUGGUCUGGCAGGCCGCCCAUGAGGCGCGGUGGGCCACGACGUGCACGCUGCAGCGGCUCGUCGACGCCCUGCCCGCGCCGGGCGUGUCGUUCAGGUUCGCGGGCGAGCAGGAGGAGAUGCCCUACCAGGAGAUGCCUCUGCACAGGGGGGUGGCCCUGCUGCCGCGCAGCCAGACGCCGAUGGUCUUCUACGAGCUGUACAGCGCCGCGGUGCCGCUGCUGUUGCCCUCGGCCGAGUGGAUGCACCGGCUGCUGCACGGGCGCGCCGCAGAGGCGCCGCUCGAGCUCGUGCCUCUGGGGGGCAGCCGCGAGGGCGAGGAGGCCGCAGAGGCCGCCGACCCCUCGGCGGCCCUGCGCGCCACGAGCGCCGGGCGACUCCAGGCCGAGCGGUCGCUGCAGCAGGGGCUGCGCUCCCAGGGGCUGGAGGAGGCCCGGGGGCACCUGCAGGCGGCCCUGCGGGCGGUGCAGGACAUGCAGCAGACGCUGGCGGCGGCGGAGAGCCUCUCGCGCCUCCCCGCGGGCGCGGCGCCGCGGGCGCAGGGAGGAGCCGAUCGCCCCGCGCGCAGCGGCACGCACGGCGCGGCCCGGCACCCGUACUCGCCGCUGCUGGUGCCGGUGGUCGGCGAGGAGGACGUCGGAGGCGCCGAGGGCGGCGCUGGGGAGGGGCGGGCCGGCCCGUGGCUGCGGCGCGGGGGGCAGCUGGACGCGGUGAGGUACUGGCACCAGUUCUCCGACGUGGCUCGCUUCCCGGGGCUCCGGCACUUUGCCAGCCUGCCGGAGCUGCUCUGCGCGGCGCGGGCCCUGGACAUGCACGCGAUGUCGAAGCAGAUGCGGCGCUACAACCAAGGCACGCUCGUGGACUCCGCGGCGUUCUGGGCCCACGCGGCCGCGCUGCUGGGGCCCGGGGGCUGA